UACUAUCAUACAGUCAGCUGGAAACGAAAACCGUCACUUUUUCAAACUUUGAAAUUACGCAGUCGUAACUCUGUGAGUCGUGAACAUUGGCUUCACUAUUGUGUUGUCGUUUGGUUGAAUUGAAAUAUCCUAUUGCCAUAAAAAUAAAAUGUCUGACAUAGAUUUGGAAGUCAUACUCGAUAGAUCUGACGGUGAAGUUGAAUGCUUUUUGGAUGUAGAUAAUGAAGUGUUUUUUGGUCCUGUUACUGAAAGGGAGAUAGAAGUUUUGAAGUCUUUACCACGAAAAACUCUUCAUCCAUGUGAAAUUGCACAAAUAUCAAAGAGAGGCAUGACUUGCCACGAGUGGGAAGACUUCAAAGAUCAAGUUCAAAGAAAUGAAAUGAAUGACAAAGCUAUUAAUGAAGUUUAUGGUCUUGAUCCUGAUACUACAGAAGAGUCAUUUACAAGUUGCUGCACAUCAAGUGGAGAUGUGGCAAAACAACUUUCAUGUGACAUAAUAAAUGUCAAUAAUAUAUCUGUUAAAUCAUUAUGUGGACCAAGUAUAGCACCCAGUUUGGAUAAUUUGUCUGACUCAAGCAUAAACCAAAAAGAGGAUUCAUCUCUAUUAGAGUCAAGCCCUGCCCAAUCUCAUGUUGAGUCUGUGCAUGAAUCAAUCAAUCAAUCAACUCGUAGAUGCCGCCCGGAGUAGAGGAUCAUUUAACAAAGUGAUUGAAACUUACAAAUCGUGUGUAAGGAAUGCUGUCCGCUAGAUGUCUCGUGUUUGGUUUGAAUUGAAAAAUUGUAACACAGCAACGUCCCUUCGUUUAUCGAUCGCUGUCAAAACCGGAAUUCCUGCUCUAUUCGUUCUCUAUUUUAACGCACGUACCUAUUCUUGCUCAGCUCACAAUAUGGUUUUCUGUCGGAGUUCGUCGCAAAUACAAAGAGGGAGAGAGAUCUUCUAUUGAAACCCCA